CCUGUGGUCACUUACUCCAAAGGCCCAGACCUUCAAAGUGCAGAGACCCAGCCACCGCGCCUUUCUUUUUGCCCUGAGAAAGGAGAAGAAAUGAAAGUGGGGGGUGUUCCCAUCACUCCGCAGAAGGAGUGUGCCUGGGUCGCGAUCUGCAGGGAUGGGAGGUUGCUGGCUGUUACCCUCCUGCUGUCCCUGCUGUCCAGCGGCCUCACGGUGGUGUCCUUAUACCGGUUUGCUGCUCUGCAAGCCGACCUGAUGAGCCUGCGCAUGGAGCUGCAGGGCUACCGGGGUGCACUGGCACCAGCCGCCCCGGGGGCUCCAGGGGCCACCGAAGCAGCCAAACUCCUGACCCCGGCAGCUCCGCGAGCCCACAACUCCAGCACCGGCCACAGGAACAGACGCUCUUUCCAGGCUCCGGAGGAAACAGUCACUCAAGACUGUCUGCAACUGAUUGCGGACAGUGACACACCGACGAUCCGAAAAGGAUCUUACACGUUUGUUCCGUGGCUUCUCAGCUUUAAAAGAGGAAGCGCCCUGGAGGAAAAAGAGAACAAAAUAGUGGUGAAGCAAACAGGUUACUUCUUCAUCUACAGCCAGGUUCUAUACACAGAUACUAUCUUUGCCAUGGGACAUCUCAUCCAGAGGAAGAAAGUGCACGUCUUUGGGGACGAGCUGAGCCUGGUGACCCUGUUCCGAUGUAUUCAGAAUAUGCCGAGAACGCUGCCCAACAACUCCUGCUACUCCGCUGGCAUCGCCAGACUGGAAGAAGGAGACGAGAUUCAGCUGGCCAUCCCUCGGGAGAACGCGCAGAUUUCCCGGGACGGAGACGGCACCUUCUUCGGGGCCCUGAAACUGCUGUGACCCACUCGCUGGAUCGUGUGGCCCCUUCGCUCCUCUCCUCCGUACCUCCGAGGGGAACGUGAACAACUGGAAAUACCAAAAGAGGGGGAGCCACCACCAGACCUUUGCUUGUGAGCUGUUUAUUUUGGUUCACCGAAUCUGGUCCAACCCAGGACAUUUGAGAGACAACCACAAUCAAAGUCUGUCCUGUGAAUGACGAGAAAUGGAGCCCGCACUCUUAAAGCCAGGACCCGGGAGGCGGGCUGUGCUCCGCAGUCUAAGCCAACACGCACCAUGCCCUCGGGUCUUCUCUGGAAACACACAGUUCAGAAGGCCGGGAGAUUUCCUUAGAGGUGGGCUUUCGUAAUUCGCGGUGAGAAGAGGGUCCGUAUCUGUGGGUCACUGAAACAUUCGUGCAAAGUCUCAGGAUUUAUCUUCUCUUUUCACAUUAAAUAGACUCUUCUCUUUUCCAGUUAACACUAGGGAAAGUUUUGUUUGUUUUUGUUUUAAUCUAGGAGUCUUGAACUAGUCGUAGACGAAAAUACUUAGUAGAAGUUCAGUUUUUGUCAGUUUAAAAUAAACUUAAUUUAAAAUGGUUAAGCAUCCAAUAAUUAGAAAAGAACCGACUAUUGAACUUUUCUUGGUUCAGGUCAAAUGUGCAAUUGUUUCUGACAUCAAAGUCUUUUUCAUGGGAGGAAAGGAUUCCCUCAUUUUGGAUCACAUGUAUAUUUUCUAAUAACUUCCAGUUGCUUUAUACGAUGUUACUGCAGACACAUCUGACGUGUGCACAGAAGCCACUAAUGCGAAACUGUAGUCGCACUCACAUAAACCCCACUUUGAGCAUCUGUAGCAGGGGAAUACAUUUCGGUUGUGUCCAGUUCCACUGCCUGCUGCCGCGGCUGCAGGUCAGGCAGUUCAGCCCUGCAGGAAGCGUCGGCCUCAUUUGCUCUACAGUAGUUGAGGUUUCGGCAGAGGUCAUAGCAUCUGGUGUCAACGCAAGGCACACACAUGCUCCCCUUGACGACCACGAGGACACUGCUGCCCAUGCAUAUUCCACGGCGUCCGUUUCCUGUGUAUCAUGUCUUCUGUGUUACUAGCUGACCCCACUAGAUGCUUUCCUCCAUUCAAGAGGAAAUGGAGGAAGAGACAUUUCCCUGUUUGCCUUACAGUAGUAUAAAGAUGACACUGUCACACACAGGAAAGCAGUCAUUUAAAUCUGUGUCACGAAUCUAAUGUUGUUUAGCUCUCUGCUUUCUGUGUCAAGUGAGGUUUUGGGGUUCAAGUGAGAUGGACUUGGAAGUUUAUUUUGUUUCAUAAAACAAUAAUUAAGAGGCAGCAGUGGGAGGUAGGGAAGAGCAUUGACCCGGAGGAAUGGCUAGGGACUUCCAGAGUACCGCUGCUAAGGUUGGCUGACAGAUAAAACCACUGUGCCUUCUGCCCCAGCGCCUGAGUGAGCCUGUCUGCCAACACCCACCUUUGAUGCUUCUCUGUUCAACUGUAACUUUGAAAAAAUCAGGUGAGAGCAUUCCAGGCACUGUAAAAUAACAUGUCAGGGCAGUAAUUGUAAAGUGUGGAUAGUUUACACAUCUCCAAGGGAUCUUCUCAUGUCAACAUAUCACCAUUAUUUCUUAGAGAAUACAGUUCAGCAAAAAUACUGGAUUUGAAUAGGGGUGUUUUAGGGAAACUCCCAAGUCUGGUGUAUGUGAGUCAUAAGACACCCACUUUGAGUAUUCUCUGUAACCUGCACACUGAUUUCCAUAGUCUCUAGACUAGUUUACAUCCCUGCCAGUGGAGAGUUCCCCUCGGUACACAUCCCCACCAGUGGAGAGUUCCCCUCAAUACACAUCCCCACCAAGACUUGUUUUCAUUUAUCUUUUUUGACUAGGGUGAAAUGGGAAUCUCACUGUGAUUUUUAUUUGUAUUUCCCUGGUGGCCAGUAAUGUUGAAUGUUGUUUCAUGUUUAUUGGCUAUGCCUGAUUCAUCAUUUGAGAACCUCCUGCUCAUUUCAUUAGCCCAUUUAUUGUUUUGAUUGUUUGGCUUAUUAGUACUUAUUCACUUAUUUUUGUUUGAGUUCUUAUAUUGUAGUCUGAGUCUGGAGCCUUUAGCUGCUAGGGAUCUUGAUACCUGAGUUCUUAAAUAUUCUAGAUAACAAACCUCUGUCAGAUAUAAUGACUAGCAAUUUUAUUCCCUAUUCUGUAGACUGUUUAUUCACUGGAUAUGUUGGUUUCAUUGCCGUGAAGAAGUCUUUUAACUUCAUAAAAUCCCAGUUUUUAGCUGAUGGGCCAUUUCCUAAGCAACUGAAUUCAUGUUCAUAAAGUGCUUGCCUGUGUUGAUAUUUUGAGGUGUGUCUUCCAAUUUUCCUCUAUCAGCUUGAAUUUUAGGUGUCAACGUAAUAAAGGGUACAUGACAAACCUACACUUAACAUCAUGCUAAAUGAAAAAAAUAAAGGCCAAAGCUAAAACACUUUCAAAAACUCA